GCCAUUGGACGGAGCGAGACCCGCCAAGACAAAUAGGCAGGCAGACAGCGCUGGCACAGACUCGACUCGCAUCAAGUCAGUCGACUUUCGUGUCUAAACGAGAAGAGCAAAAAUGGCCGCGCCUGUCGUCAUGCCGUCCAACGUCAGCCAACCUCAUUUCGAUUACUAUGGGUACGAAGUCAAGAUGAAUGGCUGGAACACCCCACCCGAGUACCUGACUUACGUGGACGAGCACUGGCUCAAGUUCGAAGCUCCGAAUCCCAUGAUGCAUCACCUCCUUGGGGUUCUGUAUAUUUUCCUGACCUUCAGCUCCUGCGUCGGUAACGGCUGCGUCAUCUGGAUCUUUUUGACGUCGAAAAGCCUGCGCACCCCAUCGAACAUGCUGAUCGUGAACCUCGCCUUGGCGGACUUCGUGAUGAUGCUGAAGACGCCGGUUUUCAUCAUCAACUCGUUCAACGAAGGGCCUGUCAUGGGGAUGCUCGGCUGCCAGAUCUAUGGGCUGAUGGGCGCCUACACGGGGCCCGGAGCCGCCUGCACCAACGCCGCUAUUGCAUUCGAUCGGUACAGGACCAUCACCAACCCCCUGGAAGGCCGCUUGACCAGCGGCCAGGUGACGGCCAUCCUGUUCUUCAUCUACGCCUGGAUCACGCCCUGGGUCCUCAUGCCCUUCCUCGAGAUCUGGAACCGAUUUGUCCCCGAGGGAUACCUGACGAGCUGCACCUUCGACUACAUGAGUGAAGGUUCUAAGUUCUAUGUCGUCGGCCUCUGGUUCUGCAUGUGGCUCAUCCCCAUGCUUAUCAUCACCACUUGUUAUUACCUCGUGUACACCCACGUCGCCGCCCACGAGAAGUCUCUGAAGAAGCAGGCCAGCAAGAUGAACGUGGAAUCCCUACGAUCCGGCGACAAGACCAACAUGAGGCAGGAGGUGCGCGUGGCCAAGGUCGGGGCCACUCUCACCUCGCUCUUCCUUAUCUCGUGGACGCCCUAUGCCGUGAUCGCCUUCACCUGCACCUUCGGGAGGGAGGAUCUGGUCACGCCCUUCGUGUCUAUGAUUCCUGCCUGUACCUGCAAGAUUGCGGCCUGUAUUGACCCCUUCGUCUACGCCAUCAACCAUCCCAAGUACCGCGUCGAACUCACCAAGAAGAUGCCUUGGUUCUGUGUCCACGAGAAGGAGGAGACCAGCGCACCGUCCGAAACCGUCUCCAAGGAAGCACCCGCUAAUGCCUAAGAUUCUUUAAGGAAUAGAAGGGUCUCUCAAAGUGGCUGUGUAUAAAAAGAAGCCCGAUAACAUGGCUAUCCACGAAGCGAAACUACUCGACAACAAUAGUCAUGCAUUUCCGCUGUCGAAGAUGAGAAUGAAGAAGCACCGAAAGCUAUGGAAAAAAAGACCACGAGAGAUGAUGAUUAACCUUUAUCUUUGUAAGAUGACGACCGCCUUAAACGGAACCUUUGCCUUCGCUUAUGGCCUCACCGAAGAGAUUAAUCGACACAGAACAUCGACUCCAUUUCGGUUCUGCCACCAGAAGAGGAGUCUAUAGGCCUACUCGAAACGUCGAUGUCUAUUAAUCCUCCCUUAAUAUUCCUCGAGCUGUAUUUCGUUCCAUUUACAGACGUUACUGUAAUGGUGUCUAUAAUCGAAGGAGGAUGUUCAGGUAUUUUCGGUGAGAGGUUGUAUCGAGGACAGCUGUUCCUAUUUGGAAACUGUAUGUAAGUUAUUUUAUCUGGAAAUCAAUAAUUGAUUUCCUUUUUCUUUUUAUUUCCUACUUUUAUCUUGCCAUUUUUGGCGAGGGCAGCCUUAAAAACGAAACAAAAUAAUGGUUUAGGAUCUAGUUUUCAGACGAAAGAACAUUCGCAGCGACGUCGCGUAUUAAAGGAAAAUAGAAUCCUGUACGUAGGAAAUUUUACCACGCUGGGAACGAGACACGAGCAGCGAGAGCAAAGAUAACAAAAAUAUAAACAUUUAUGAUUCUUUUUUUCUUUUAUUUCGUGAACAGAUUUAUAAAUAGGUUAAACCACAUCACUUUUCUUUCAGGGUUAAUUAGUAUGCGUUUAGCAUCGAAAGUUAUAAUUGAGUUGAAAAGGCAAUAUUUUUUUUCCGUUAAUAACAAACCUCUCUGAUCAAAGAAACACGUAAAAAUAUCCCGUAUUUCUAUUAUUCGCUUAUCUGAUCCACAUCUAUCUAAUUAUUUAAAUUAUAGCUAGGAGUUUUAAUAAUUUGUAUGAAAAAAAAGUGUUCGAAAAUAUUCUCGCGCCCUCUUAGGUUUUAAGACCGUGACACGCACAUCGCGAGACGACCCUUUGUGAAAAUGAAUAAUCGGAAUUUAUCUAAUUAAUCGUGUAAUUCCUUCUCCUUGUUCCUUUCUCCUUCUCUUUAUCGUUUCUUCUUCCAUCUACAUGUUCUUUCGUUAGAACUCUCUCUCUUUGGCCACAGAGGUUUGACCCGUUUUCUGUUCUUUCUUUUUUUGACACAUUUUUUUUCUUUCUUUUUUUUUCUCUCUUCAUGUGUAAUCAGCCGCCCACGCACAUUGGCGUUGUAACUUUUCUAUUUAAAAAAAGAAUAUUUCUAUUCUCCACUUUAGAGAUUAUUCGAAAGGUUAGCGUAAUAAUGAUUAAUUUAUUUUAGUACAGUGUGUGUAACAUGAAACUUGAAUAACAUUUGUUUUCUCUUAACUGUUAUGUUGGUUGUUAUUAUUUUUAUGACUAUUACUAUUAUUAUCAUUAUUAUUAUCAUCGUUAUUUUUGUCAUCCUCCUGAAGUGGUAUCUCUUUCAACUAUUGGAAGUUCUUUGAUAUGUCCUUAUGGCUGUGAAUGUUCUCCAGUGUGGACUUAAUACUAAACCGAAGUAAAGUUGAAUGCAUAAUU